AGAACCGUGAAUCACAUCACAACAAAAGCAUGUCGUGGAUGCUUCUUCCAGUCUUGAAGUUUGCGUAAUAAAUUUAGGUUUUGCAAUCAAACCGAUUCUUCGACAUGUCGCUGGUUAAGAUCAAGGAUGCUCCUACUGUUUGGAAUUAUUUGAACGGCGUAGUCAAUGUGUACAAGCCAGCAGGUCUUACGGUUCAGCAGGUACGCCAUACCAUCAUCGGCAAUUUGUGCAGAGAUCUCAACCAGCUGAAAGUGCGACCACCGCUGCAGCGGAUUGCCAUCGAAAGCGGAUCCAAUUCCAAGUACCUCGUUCGCAGAAAGGAAGACCUAUCGGACAAUGUCCUAGUUGUGGGACCCCGCUAUCAAACGGAGGACAUCCGAAUGCGGAUGAGCGCCAACCAUGGACGGUUGACGAGCGGUGUACUAGUUGUUGGUAUCAACCAGGGGCUUUCGAUGGCCUACCGGAUACAGCAGAAUCGUCCCCUGCGGGUGUAUCGCGUGACAGCCUUCCUGGGCAAGGCCACCGAAACGCACUUCGGCGAUUCGAGAGUCAUUGGACGGGCAACGGUGGAGCACAUAGGAAGCGAGAAAAUCAAUCGGCUUUUGGCCUCGCUGCAGGCGUCCCAUCAGAAAAAGAUGUUCGAACUCUGCGGGGUGGACAUGCAAUCGCAGGCCGCUUACGAUUUGGCCGUGAAGGGUACGAUUCGACCGGCGGACAAGUCGCAACCGAUGAUCUACGGGAUUCGGUUGGUGGAGUUUAGGAGACCGUUUUUCACCAUCGAAAUGCACGCCAUCAACGAAACGGAAGCCUACAUAGGUAAUUUAGUUCAUGAAAUUGGCUUGAAUCUAAAAUCCGUGGCCCACUGUGUCGGUAUUCGAUGCAUCCGGCAUGGACAUUUUGAGCUCAAAGAUGCCUUGCUUCGAAAAGACUGGAACCUACAGUGUUUCCUGAACAGUAUGGCCCAGACCAAUCAACUUCUCAAACAACACCCGGAAAUGACACAGCAAGUCAAUUCAGAACUGGUUGAUCUUGAGGACAACGAUUCAAGCAAUCUUGGUUCCCACCAGGAACAAAGCGAAAAAGAAUAAACUUCAACCUGUGAACGAA